UAAAGUUGUGAAGACAGAGUCUGUCAGUGUCCAGGCUCUUUCAUCGCAAGUGCAGUUAGUUGAGUGCGUUCGUUCUGGUUGUUCGUUGGUGUAUUCUGAAAGGAUUAGCGAUCCAUUCGAUUUCACCUCUCGUGAUGUUUGGACUUGUACUGAUGCGCCAGCUGUUUGUGACAUAUGGGUGCAGUUCGGUCCUAUCGGAUUGUCGGAGUCUCCUGUGCGUACUUCGCGUUCGGUUGAGUUGGUUGAAUCGUCGGUUGCCGGUUCCUCUUUAUAUCGUGUUUUGGAUUCUGAAUCUUUUGCUGACCAUCCUCGUCAGAAGGAUGCUUUAGACGGGGCUAAAUUUGGCUCCACCCAGCCGAGUUCUGUUCUUGUUGAUAGUGUCUCUCAAACUGAUGAAGGUUUAUUAUCUCGGCUUAUCUCAAGUUUCUCGAAGGAGGUGCAGGUCUAUUUACCUUCGAUUUACACGAUUGAUGCCGCACAACAUGUGUUAUUGGAAGCCCAACCAGGUAGUAUUCAGACUGCGCCAGAUUCGAAGAUUUUCUUGGAUGAAGUUCUCUCCUCUCAGUCCGUUUCCAUCGAUGUCGCACCGCGAAUGAUUGAUGUAAGCGUGAACUACCUGUGUGAUAGAAGUGUUCCCGUCGACGCCUCUCUGAUUGGUGAAUUUGCUUUGCAUUAUCCCAUCCUUAUCGAUUCGUGCUCGGCAUCUUACCACGUUCCGCCUUCAUGUGGGUAUGUUCAUGUUGACGCUGAAGUUCAGGCAACCGGUACACCUCAUUUCAGUAUUCUAUGUAGUGCAUCCAGUCAUAAACUCCUGUCGUCAACCCAGCGGCGCUGUACUCAAUGUGGUUACCUUCCAACGAAUGAGGAAGACGAGCGUGAAACUGAUUUUCUCCCAGAGGGUACGCUUGACGAUGAAUUGCUUGAUGGUUCCAAUAUGACCGGUCGGGAUGAACCAGUCGGAAUUCAGACAAGAAGCGUGCAUUGGCAGCCUCCCGUUUUCAAAAAGACCUGUGCAACUCAGUUUGCUUUCACUCCAGAUCUUGCUGACGUAUUCUGUCAAACGGCCGUCAAUUACUCCGACGCCUCAGUAUUAACAUCUGAUAUCUGUUUGAGUCCCACUGUUUUGCUACAUAACAAGAGUGUAACUGACUACCGAGAACGGCUUAUUGAACAUUACUAUUACGCCCCACCACGGGACGCUGCCCUCGUCGCUGACGUUGAGGUGCAGGCACUGGUUAUGGAGCCGACUGAUCAGUCAUUCAUUUCACGUUGGAAAGAAAUCAGCGAAACAGAAAUUAUCGAAUUGAAAGAGACUAUCAAAAAGAGUUAUGAUCUGAAAGCAUAUGAAAUGGAAAUGAGCCAAGGAAGAAUUGAAGAAAGAUCUUGUACUACGGACUUCACUUCCCCUCCACUGAUUACUCCUCAACGAGAAGUCACCACAGCCAGUGCCAUUCCAGCCCCGCAGUUACCCGGUGUCAUUGGAUUGAAGAAACAAUCAAAAGACUCGUUUGAUGUUGGCAUUCAGUGUAGUACACGACUCAGUUUCCGAGAAAUCAAAGAAGAGUUUAGUAUGACUGAGAUAUGGGAAAGUUUGAAGAAAGUGUGCUCAACCUACGAAUCAUACCAGACCCUACACGAUUCCGGUUAUGUUCGCGAACAAAGCACCUAUACAACUCUGGACGAUACCAUGGUUGCGGAUAUGGGGGUGCAAUUUACAGCCACAACUGGCGUAUUCGAAAGGGAGAUGGAAUCACUCAUUUUGCGUACACCUUCACCUGUCAGUAAUGUGGAUCCUUACGAGCAAUACGUUCUACGAAAACGUAUGGGUCAGCUUAACGAGGAACAGUGUCUUGCUGCUCCCCUUGUUUACUCAGAUGGCACGCAAACAGAAGAUCUACAAUUGCAUUUCUCCACUGAUUUUGAUGGAUUUGGUCAACGCGAAGAAACGUUUGAGGUUUAUCAUCAUCGACUUUUGAGGGAUCAACUGGCUGAAGCAUGGACUCAAUGGGAUACCGACGCGGAAGAAGAAAUAGGAGACGUGGAGGGUAGGAGUAGAAGUGAGGAGCAGAUUCUCGAAGUGAGACAGAAGAAACGGAAACGAGUAGUGAGUAAAUUGCAAAUCACCGAGGAACUGUCAUCCGACGAGCCGGGUAUGAUGGUUUGUGAAUUAGGAGUUCAAACUGAAUCGAGCCUCGUAGAUCGGGAAAGUCAAGAAACUGUUGAUCGGGACAUUUUCAGUGCAUCCUAUGACAAAUCUUUGUACCUCAGAGCUACGCAAUCUGCACAGACAUCACCUAUUUCCUUGGACUCUGUGUUACAUACCGAGGAUUGGAGCUGGGCUGAUAGCGAGCUUCAGGCAGUGAUUAUGACUGGGUUGCAAGCAACCGAUGGAUUAGAAUGGAGUUCACGAACAGGUCAAAGAAGAUACGAGGAAACUGUUGAAUCUUCCCUGAGAAGUGUUUCCCAAUGGAAACAAUACGCAGAACCGUCUACAAAACUUCUGGUCAGUAUCGGUUGUCAGACCGGUGCAAUCAAGCCGGGUGUGAUUGAUGGAGGGGAACUGGAUCGUUGGACGGACACAUCUAUCUAUCCGGAUGUGGCCGCACAAAGCAAAACUGCCUACAGCAGUGUUGUCGAUGACGAGAUAUUCGUGCGAUCCGUUUCAACCGAAAGUUCUGAUGCAAGUAAACAACCGUCAAGGUGA